AUGUCAUCAACGCGAUUAAAUCGAGAUAUUUUAACAGGAGGGAAGAAGUAUGCUCAGAAACAAGCCAAUAAAUAUGGUGUUGAUGAAGUUGCUUUCGAUCCUGAGGCUCGUAAGGAAUAUUUGACAGGGUUCCAUAAGAGAAAAUUACAGAGACAAAAGAAGGCCCAAGAACAUAACAAAGAGCAGGAGCGCCUUGCUAGAAUUGAAGAAAGGAAAAAGGUAAGAGACGAACGGAAGAAAGAUUUUGAGAACCAGUUACACCAGCUCCAAGAUGCUGCCCAUAGAAUAGCCGAUAUAGGUACAACUGGUCAAGAUUCAAAUGAGGAAAUAAAUCUCGAUCGCAGAGAGACGCAAUUUGAAGAACUUAAAAGUAGGAAGCAGGAGACACCGGAAUCUGACGAUAAUCAAGACCAAGAUUCAGAUGAUGACAGCAAACAACCAAACGGAAUAUUGAGACAUAAGGAAGUCUAUAAGCUAGAUGAGGAUGGAGCGUCUUACUUUGGGCAAGAUACAGCUGUUGAUGACGAAACAGUUGUUACCGUUGACUCUUUGGACAACCCAGCUUUCUCUGGUGUUCAAAAUAUCAGCAUAGAAGCUGCUGCAAAACUCAACAAUGUCAACUUAAAUAUUUCUGAUAAGGUAUUAGACGAUUCAAUAAAGAGAGCGAAAAGUUAUGCUGUCGUUUGCGGCGUCUCAAAGCCAUCAUUUAAGGACAAGAUUAAAAAGAAAAAGAAGUUCAGGUAUCUAUCAAAGGCUGAAAGGAGAGACAAUGCUCGAAAACAAAAGAUUAAGAAUAGGGCUAAAAGACCUUAA